AUGGAGGAGAGUCAGGGGGGAGUGUGGAGAGACGUCUGGGAGGAAGAGGAGAAGGACUGUAGGAGGUGUCGAGUCGCCGUCGUCACUUCACGAUUUCACAACCACAGAAACCUGCAGCUGUGCUUCAUCAACAACAGCGACAGUGAAGACGAGGAGGAAGGAAGCAACAAGAAGGUUUUCCAUGCUGCCGGCCUGAAACAGGAAGUGGCCAGCGAUCUGAGGACGCUGAGAGACAAACUGCUGGCUGAGCAGAAGGACGAGCGUCUGGCCAGCAGCAGCUGUGUUGCCGAGCGGAAACAUCUGGAGCGUUGGGAGCUGAAGGAGCGUUCAGUGCAGCAGCUCAGCAGCUUGGGAGCAUCACUUCAACAGGACGUCCACGCUCUGAGCUCCGAGCUGGUGACCCACCUGGUGGUACGAGACCAGCUGAGGACGAAGCAGGACGCCAUGCUGCUGGACGUCCAGGACCUGACCUAACAACCAGGACCACAGCCUAGGACCCCCUCCACAUCAGCCUUAACAUUUGGCCACUCUGGGACCAGGUCUGGCUGCUGGUCCACGUCAGUCAUUUAACCCCAACUAAACGUUAGCAGAGUUGCAAAAGUGACAAAUCACCAGCGUUCGGGGCGACAAAGAGGGAGAUACGACCGGAGGGGUCUGGAUAAGAGGAAGUCGAGCUACCUGAAAACCCCAAAAGCUCGUAUGGCAUCGCUCCGACUUAGAGACACUUUUCAACACAAGUCCGAAGAAUUAUGAGCGAAGAGAAGAAGUAACCUGGAAGUGUUUGGAAGCACCAUCUCCAAUCAGCCUCUGAUGAGCGAAGAACUCAUAAACAUCAACAGCAAAGAACUCAGCUCCUGCAAUCAUAACGUCUUCUAGACGCAUCUCCACGGUCCACCUACUAAAAGGUAACUUUGGUCAUUUGUCAACCGGAACCAUGUUUUCCAUGUUUCUGUGUCUUAAUGGGGACACGGGUUUUUAAACUGAGGGAGGACGCUGCGAGUCACGUGACACAAUACCAAACAGGAAGCGGUCUUUACUGAAGAGGUCUUCUGGGCACGUCUGACUGGGAAGAAACCCCAGAGGUAGACCCAGAACACACUGGACGGAUCAUACAUCUCAUCUGGUUUGGGAUCCACUCGGAGCAUCUGGAGGACGUUGAGGGAUCCUUCUGAGACCACGACCCGGAGAAGUGACAAAAGAAAAGGACGGAUGGUUUCAAAAUGACAACUGAACUCAAAUGAGAUCGUUAGAGGCGACAUAAUGUUUCACACUUUUAAAAACAAUCAAUCAACAACAAUCUCGUUUUUAAAGUCGCUGGUUCGGUCAAAUCGUAAAUCUUCCACAUUAUUUUUGAAUCAGAUAUCAAGCUGUCAAUCAUAUCUGAUAGAAACACACCCGCAGUCCCGAUGAAGCAGAUUAGCUCAAGUUAAUGAAUAUUAAACGAGGAAGGUGAAGUCAGUACAGAUCUCCACCAAACACUAAAUCAACACCAAGCUGUCUGCCCGCGAUGUACUCAGCAGAAGUACUGGUAGUCCCGUUAGCCGUUAGCUGUUAGCCAAACUUUAAUCAUGUCAGAACAGGAUCAAUGUGGAGUUGUGCGUACGUGGUGUUAGGAGUUGGUACGUUUGAUCGGUGAGAUUCCUCUCGGGUAGGGAACCUUCUUUGGGAUCACGUUUUAUAAAAAACUCACAUUCAGAACCCUUUCAGGUUGUUUUCUCUUUAUUCAUAAUAGAAACAUCCAGAUGUGUUCCUGACACAAAAGAGGGAUUUUGCUUCCAGAUGUUUAUAUGCAAAUGAGGGAAACUAACUUAUCUUAUUUCAGUUCUAUUGUGCUUCUUUACUUCUGCUUGUUAUAAUAAGAAGGGAACAUAACAACACAAGAACUGAGUUCAUAGUUUGGUUGUUAAACUUGUUAAACUGACAUUUUGAAGCAAAAGGAGAAAAACACUUUCAUUUAGAGUUUUGAUUUAUGAUUUAAUUACAGUCCUCUGUACCUCGAAUACAAACUAAAACUAUAGGAAGUAACAAGUUUAUGUUGAAUAUUAACGGGUUAUUUAACACAUCUAUCACAUUUAAAUGUUGCCUCUUUAACCGAUGUUGAACACUUCAGGUACAGUCACAUUAUUGUUUACUCUGAUAACACAUUGAAGGGAACGAUCCACUGAUCACAGCAGAGUUUAUGUUUAUGCUUAUUAAUGUUGCUGCCUUCAUCUGUUUCAUUGACACACAGAUGAUAUUUAGAUCAUUUAAAGACGUUUGAAUCCAGAUGUGAUGUCACGUGAGCUGUGAAGGACACUUUGUGUAUUUACACUUUUAAGACUUGGAUAGAUAUUAAGAAGAGUAUUUCCUGGUCCUGAGAAGCAUUUUCAAAUGUAAAUAAAAUGAAUUACAAAUGUAUUUGUAAAUGUAAAACAUUAAUUGUGAAAUAUAUUUUAAUGUAAUGUAAUAAAUGUAUUUUGGUGUUUCCUUUAUUGUGUUUGGGGAGCAACUUUUAAUGGAAUAUAUUGUGUAGCCCU